AACACUGGAAACCUAAAAUAGAGAGUCUUUAGCGUUUUUUAAAACCUUAACAUAGAGCUAGAAAUUUCGUAUUUUCAGAAAUUCUAAUUCGUCACCGAGAAAAAUUGUUUUAAAAUUCUCAUUUACUCUACAAGUGCAACAAAGGCAGUCCUGUUUAUUUUUCCGAGUGUGAGAAAGAGGUCCGGUAGCGUAUCCCCUUAAUGUAAUGUUGAUAAAGUGGUCCCAGUAAGAAAAUACACCUCGGAAAUUGCUCCCACCACCGAAAAUUUAUGAACUGCGCAUGCGCACAGAAAAGUGGGAGAACAUUUAACACAUAAAACAUCCAGAGUGGGAGCAAAAACCGACGACACCCGAGGUGCAUUCUCUUGUUGGGAUGACAAUACCGAAGAACCCACUGAUCGCAGUGUAACGAAAAUUCAUCAACAUUUAUUUAUACCGAAGAAAACAAUAAAAAUAUCAUUAUGUCCGGUUAUCAUCCGAAAUUUUAUAACUGCAAAAACGAUAAACCAGAAGCCCAGCUUCGUAUUGCUGUGCAACGAAGAGAUUAUAAGUUGGCAAAAUCACUUUCGAACACUGGUGCUCAGAUAAAUUAUCCUCACGUAAGACCUUGUAACACGAUCCUUCAUUUAGCUACGAUGAAUCAUGAUGUAGAAAUGGUGCAAAUGUUGCUAGACAGAGGAGCUUAUGUUAACAUACCAAACAAACACGGUAAAACUCUACUUCAUUUAGCAGUUGAAUCCGAUUCUGAGCGAAUAGUUGAAUUACUUGUCAAAAAAGGAGCCAACGUAGACACCAUUGCUGAAGAUCAUUCAAGGCCAAUCGAAAAAGCUAUUUCGAAGAAAAAACAGCAAUAUUUCAUGCCAUAAAAACUGGCGAUUUUAAUAUUGUAAAGUUGUUGAUAACUAACGGAGCUCGUGUUGAAGAUGAUCCUGAUUUACUUAACACUGCAGCUCAUAAUCAAUGCAUUGAUAUUGUUCAGAUUUUACUGGAACAUGGUGUUAAUAUUAAUGCACGUGAUUCUUUUGGAAAGACGGCUUUACAUUCAGCAUUAGUUAAACAGUCUUCUCAAUUAAAUAAAAAUGUAAUUUAUAACAUUAAGCCUCCAUUAAUUCGAGUGCUAUUGAACAAAGGUGCUAAUGUCAAUAUUAGAAUGAAUGAUGGUCGAGCAGCGCUUCAUUUGGCUGCUCAAAUUGAUAACGAAGAAAUCGUAAAUACUCUUCUGGAAUACAAUUCAAAAGUAAAUGUAUUAGAUGCAGAAGGAACUACACCAUUGCAUUUAGCUGCACAAACAAAAAAUUCAAUUAUUGUUGACUGUCUUCUUAGUAAAGAUGCAGAUAUUACAGCUGUGAAUAUAAAAGGCAUGACGGCAUUACAUUUUGCCGCUAAAGUAGGACAUUUAGACAGUAUUAAAAAUCUCUUGAAAUAUGAGCCUAAUGACAAUGCUAUUGAUGAAUUCAGCUCGUCAACUUUGCAUUGUGCAGCUAAAUGUGGAUACUUAGAAACUAUUAAUUGUGGUGAUAUUCAAGGAUCGACUGCUCUUCUCACAGCUAUUUCGCAUUCAUCAUCUCUAGAGUGUAUUAAUGAAUUACUUAUGUUUGGUGCGGAUGUUAAUUAUAGAAAUACCAAAGGAGAAACAGCUCUCCACAUUGCUUCAAAAAUGAAACGACGUGAAGUUAUUGAAAUUUUAUUAAGAUAUGGCGCAGAUGUAAACAUUAAAUGUCAACGAAAUAAAACCGCUUUAUUUCAAACAUAUGAGUAUAAUAGUCCAAAAUUUGUCGGUUCACGAAUUUAUGAUCUUGAGUGUGUCUAUAAUGGCUGUGAGUGUUUAAAUAACGGAGAGGGAUUUCAAUGUGUUCCCUUUUCUCGUGAUAUCGAUGAUUACUUUUCAAUUGUCGAAGUUUUCAAACGUCAUAUUCUAAAGCUACAAGCUGUCAAUCUUUAUGUAGAUGAGGGUAACAUACAAGCUCUUGAAUAUUUUGAGGAGUUGAAAAAUAAAAGGGACUUUAGAGGAUAUUAUCGUGACAAAUAUAAUAUAAAAGUUGCUGAUAGUAGUAAAGAAAAUAUAGAAUUAGAGUCUAUGAAAAAUGAAAGAAUUGGCAACAGUAACAUAACAUUCUAUAACUUUUUGACAAGCAAUAUUCAUCGAUUAACUAGAUAUGUCAAGAAUAAAAAUAUUUUUGAAGUCUUAAAUUCAAAUGAUUAUAAAUUGAUAUUUCCUAUUUUUUCUGAUAUCAUUGAGAAUCGCUUCCAUAUUGGAAUAGAAAGACACAAAUUGUUAGCACGCUGUGAUUUUCUUGGUGAUAUUUUUGUAGACUUACCCUAUAAUUGCAUUGAUGUAAUUCUAAGUCAUCUCAACAAUCAAGAGCUUAGAUUCUUAACGACUAAGUACAAAAUUUAAUAUGCUUUAAACAAACGAAAAAUUUUCCUCAAUUCAUAAAUUUAAUGAUUGCAAUAAUUAUAAACCAGAUGAUAAGGAAAUUACUCAUGCUCUCAAUAAUAAAUAUUUUAUUAUUAAUUGUAAGCUAAGUAUUCCAUUACUAGUGUUUUCUAUCGCAUUGUAAUUAAUAUUCCCUGAUUAAAAUUAUUGAUUGAAAACAAUUCAAUCUGUCAUGAUUUCAAUUGUUUUCAAUAAGUUCUAUAUCACGAUUGAUUCAAUUCAGUCAAGGUUGAAUUUUUCUGAAUAGAUAAAUAAUGUGAAGAUUUCAAACCCUUCAAAGUAUAGAAAAAAAUUGAGAAAAAUUCAAAUAUUAAAUAGCGUUCAAUGGAUUUGAAUAGAUAAAUAGUUCAUGAAUUUCGAUCUAAUGCGGAAUUUGAAAAUAAUAUAAAAAAAUUAAUGAUUUUGAAUUUUUCUCAAUUGUUCUCUAUGAAUAAAUAAAACUUAAUUUCUGGUUACUUCUUGAAUUGAAAAUGAUUGCAAUUCAUUCGCAACUUUGAAUAUCUUUGAAUUAUUUUCAAUGAAUAUUUAAUAUUUUAUAUGCGAUCACA